ACAAGAGUGCGGAGUGAUCAUGGGCAAGCAAAAGAAAACAAGGAAAUACGCGACCAUGAAGCGAAUGCUUAGUCUGAGAGAUCAGAGGCUUAAAGAAAAAGAUAGAUUAAAACCUAAAAAGAAGGAAAAGAAAGAUCCUAGUGCACUCAAGGAAAGAGAAGUUCCCCAAUACUCUCCCUGCUUAUUCUUCCAAUAUAACACACAACUGGGCCCACCUUACCACAUCCUGGUUGAUACCAACUUUAUCAACUUGUCCAUUAAGGCUAAACUGGACUUAGUGCAGUCAAUGAUGGACUGUCUCUAUGCCAAGUGUAUCCCAUGUAUAACUGACUGUGUAAUGGCUGAAACUGAAAAACUGGGGCAGAAGUAUCGAGUGGCUCUAAGGAUCGCCAAGGAUCCAGGAUUUGAACGAUUACCGUGCACACACAAAGGAACCUAUGCAGAUGACUGUUUAGUACAGAAAGUAACUCAGCACAAGAGUUACAUUGUGGCAACAGUUGACCGGGACCUUAAACGGAGAAUCAGGAAGAUCCCUGGAGUUCCCAUCAUGUACCUUUCUAAUCAUAGGUACAACAUUGAGCGGAUGCCAGAUGAUUAUGGAGCCCCUCGGUUCUAG